UAAAUUUUUUCAUUCUUUGACUAUCAUCAAGUUAAAUAUUGUUAAUAAUAUUAAACAUAGCGAUAUCUAAAUCCAAUAUAUAUAUACCAUCAUAAUAAUGGCUCCUCCUACUGCAGUUGAAUCAUCACUUGAUUUCCAAGGUCAUCCAACCAUUAAAUCUACUCAAGAUCCUUUAGUUAAACAAUUAUCUUUAGGUUCUGAAACACUUAUUCGUCAUAAUGCUCCACCUCCAACUUUAUAUGAAGAUGGUUUAUUAGAAAAGGGUACUGUUAUUUCAUCUACUGGUGCUUUAAUGGCUUAUUCUGGUAAAAAAACUGGUAGAUCUCCAAAAGAUAAAAGAAUUGUUGAUGAAUCAACUUCAAAUCAACAUAUUUGGUGGGGACCUGUUAAUAAACAAGUUGAUGAAUUAACUUGGAAAAUUUCAAGAUCAAGAGCUUUAGAUUAUUUAAGAACUAGAGAAAAAUUAUUUGUGGUUGAUGCUUAUGCUGGUUGGGAUCCAAGAUAUAGAAUUAAAGUUAGAAUUAUUUGUGCUAGAGCUUAUCAUGCUUUAUUCAUGACUAAUAUGUUAAUUAGACCAACUGAAGAAGAAUUAGCUAAUUUUGGUGAACCAGAUUUCACUAUUUAUAAUGCUGGUCAAUUUCCUGCUAAUGUUCAUACUAAAGGUAUGACUUCAUCAACUUCAGUGGAAAUUAAUUUUAAAGAUAUGGAAAUGGUUAUUUUAGGUACUGAAUAUGCUGGUGAAAUGAAAAAAGGUAUUUUCACGGUUAUGUUUUAUUUAAUGCCAAUUAAACAUAAUGUUUUAACUUUACAUUCUUCUGCUAAUCAAGGUAGAGAAGAUGGUGAUGUUACUUUAUUCUUUGGUUUAUCGGGUACUGGUAAAACCACUUUAUCUGCCGAUCCAAAGAGAGCUUUAAUUGGUGAUGAUGAACAUUGUUGGUCUGAUAAUGGUGUUUUCAAUAUUGAAGGUGGUUGUUACGCUAAAUGUUUAGAUUUAUCAGCUGAAAAAGAACCUGAAAUUUUUAAUUCUAUUAAAUUCGGUGCUAUUUUAGAAAAUGUGGUUUAUGAUCCAUUAACUAAAGUUGUUGAUUAUGAAAACUCUGCUAUUACUGAAAAUACCAGAUGUGCUUAUCCAAUUGAUUUCAUUCCAUCUGCUAAAAUUCCAUGUUUAGCUGAUGUACAUCCAACCAAUAUUAUCUUAUUAACUUGUGAUGCUUCCGGUGUUUUACCUCCAGUUUCUAAAUUAACUAAUGCUCAAGUUAUGUAUCAUUUCAUUUCAGGUUAUACUUCUAAAAUGGCUGGUACUGAAGAAGGUGUUACUGAACCAACUCCAGCUUUCUCUGCUUGUUUCGGUCAACCAUUUUUAGUUUUACAUCCAAUGAAAUAUGCUCAACAAUUAUCUGAUAAAAUAAGUCAACAUAAUGCCAAUGCUUGGUUAUUAAAUACUGGUUGGGUUGGUUCAUCUGUUGCCAGAGGUGGUAAGAGAUGUUCUCUUAAAUACACCAGAGCUAUUUUGGAUGCUAUUCAUUCUGGUGAAUUAAGUAAAGUGGAAUAUGAAACUGUUCCAACUUUCAAUUUACAUGUUCCAAAGACUUGUCCAGGUGUUCCAAGUGAAAUCUUAAACCCAACCAAGGCUUGGACUGCUGGUGAAGAUUCAUUUAAUACAGAAAUUAAAGGAUUAGCUGAAAAAUUUGCUGAAAACUUUAAGAAAUAUUCUGAUCAAGCAACUGAAGAAGUUAAAGCUGCCGGUCCAGUUUUUUAAGCACAUUCGUUUAAUUUUAGGAUAGGUUUUUUUCUUGUUUUUUAGUUUUACGCUUUAUUUAUUUAUUUAUUUAUUUAUUUAAACAAUAGUCAUCUUUCAAAUUAUUCAUAAUAAUACAUAUAUAUCACAUUUCAUAAUUUAUAAUAUAUUC